AUGGGCUCAGGGCUCGGGGGUCGUGUCUCGGGGGUCCCGAAUCGGGGGUCGCGGUUCGGGGGUCGUGGCCGUGACUGGGCCGUGCUCCGGCUCAGGGCGGCGGCGCUGGAGGAGCCGGCACUGCCGGGACCCUGCGGUACGUCGGCUUUGUCCCCUCUCGGUGUCCCCAAGGGCCACCCAGCCGCGUGUGAGGUACGGGCCACCCCAGGGUGUCCCCGCGGUGUCACCGCCACCCCCGAGCAGCGGGUGGUGGCGCUGGGGAGGGACCUUGGUGUCCCCAAACCGCCCCGGCUCACCCGCUGUUGUCACCCGAUCCCUUUCCCAGCUCUUCCGCUCCCGGGGAGCCCCAAAUCCGCGGGCAGCGUGUCGCAGUUCCUGUCCUGGUGGCCGUCGGACGCCGAGGAGAUCCUGCACAGUUUGGGUUUCUCGGGCUCCGAGCCGGGCCCGGGCUCCCGGGUCCCCCCGCGCUUCUUCUCGUCCCCGUCCCGCGCCUGCGGCAUCGACCUGCGGCUCUUCGUGCGGGCGCAGCUGCGGCGCCUGGAGGCCGAGGACCCGUGCCUGCUGCUGGCCAGUCGCUUCCAGCAGGUCCAGGCCCUGGCUGCCACCGCCGACGCUUUCUUCUGCCUCUAUUCGCACGUGUCGCUGACCCCCGUGCAGCGCAUCGUCCCCCCCCGGCCCUGUCGCGACAGCGGCGACAGCGGCGACAGCCCCGAGCUCCGCGGGGCCCGGCCCGGGCAGCGGCUGAAGCGCGCGGUGUCCUCGCUGUGCCUCUACACCGGGGGGGACGGCGACAUCCCGCGGGGGUCCCGAGGGGCGACCCCCGACCCUUCCAGCGCCCCGGGGCCGGGGGGGCUCCGGCGGGAAGCGGGCGGUGUCCCCGAGGGCGGGCGGAGGGACGGCGACACGGGGACAGCUCAUGGGGGGUCACCCGGGGCGCUGGGGACAGCGUGGGGACACCCGGAGGGGUCCUGUCCCCAUGGAGGGAGCGCGGGGGACACAGGGGACCCCCGGCCGGACACCGCGGUCCCUUGGGCCGAUGUCACCGUGUCCCCCACGUUGGGUCCCCUGCGGGCGGGGGUCACYCCCGAGCACCCGGCGGGGAUGGGACCCCAAGGACACUCCGGCCCGGGCUCCCGGUGCCACCCGGGUGCCACCCAAAGGACCGGGCUGCAGCCACCCGGGAGGGUCCCCGCGACCCCCGAGCCCCGAGGAGCGGCGGAGUCCUUCGAGAUGGAGGAGGUGCUGAGCGAGGAUGAKGAKGAKGAUGAGGAUGAUGAGGAUGAUGAGGAUGAUGAGGAUGAUGAGGAUGAAGAAGGCUCCCAGCCCCCCCACGCCUCGGCCAGGACCCGAAGGAGUGAGUUGGGGGCUCCCCGCCCUCCGGGGACACGCGGGGUGCCCGAUGCCACCGUGUCCCCGCCACGUCCCCGCCGUGUC